CAGUACAGUAAUGAUGCAGCUGCAGCUUUCUACCUGAAUACAUAUUCAACCAAGGAAGAUGUCCUUAAUACCAUCAAAGGCCUGAGACAUAAAGGUGGAAGACCCCUCAACACUGGAGCAGCUCUCCAGUUUGUUAUGGACAAUGUCUUUACAGCUUCCUCUGGUAGCAGGCGUCUUGAGGGUGUUCCACAGGUUUUAAUUCUGCUGAGUGGUGGAAGGUCCAGAGAUGAUGUUGGGCCUUCAGCAACUGCCCUAAAAGGGCUUGGGGUUGUGCCGUUUGGUAUCGGAACAAGGACUGCAGAUACUAGGGAGUUGCAAACAAUUUCAUACUACCCUACUUUUGCUCUUUCUGUUUCUGACUUCUCUGACCUUCCAAACAUCCAGCAGCAACUUCUAUCCUCUGUGACAAAAAUUUCCAGAGAGAUAACAACAGAGACACCAUCAAUCAUAGUUGACAAAGAAGGUGCCAAAAGGGAUGUUGUGUUUCUACUUGAUGGUUCUGAUGAUACUAGGAAUGGAUUCCCAGCAAUCCGUGAUUUUGUUCGAAGAGUAGUGGAGAAUAUGGAUGUGGAGGAAAAUAAAGAUCGAGUUGCUGUGGUGCAGUACAGUAAUGAUGCAGCUGCAGCUUUCUACCUGAAUACAUAUUCAACCAAGGAAGAUGUCCUUAAUACCAUCAGAGGCCUGAGACAUAAAGGUGGAAGACCCCUCAACACUGGAGCAGCUCUCCAGUUUGUUAUGGACAAUGUCUUUACUGCUUCUUCUGGUAGCAGACGUCUUGAGGGUGUUCCACAGGUUUUAAUUCUGCUGACUGGUGGAAGGUCCAGAGAUGAUGUUGGGGCUUCAGCAACUGCUCUAAAAGGUCUUGGGGUUUUGCCUUUUGGUAUCGGAACAAGAAAUGCAGAUACCAGGGAGUUGCAAACAAUUUCGUACUACCCUACUUUUGCUCUUUCGGUUUCUGACUUCUCUGACCUUCCAAACAUCCAGCAGCAACUUCUGUCCUCUAUGAUAAAAAUUGACAGAGGCAGAAUAACAGAGAGACCAACAGUCGUAGUUGAAAGAGAUUCUGCCCAAAGAGAUGUUGUGUUUCUGCUUGAUGGUUCUGAUGACACUAGAAAUGGAUUCCCAGCAAUCCGCGAGUUUGUUCAAAGAGUCGUGGAGAACAUGGAUGUGGAGGAAAAUAAAGAUCGAGUUGCUGUGGUGCAGUACAGUAAUGAUGCAGCUGCAGCUUUCUACCUGAAUACAUAUUCAACCAAGGAAGAUGUCCUUAAUACCAUCAGAGGCCUGAGACAUAAAGGUGGAAGACCCCUCAACACUGGAGCAGCUCUCCAGUUUGUUAUGGACAAUGUCUUUACAGCUUCCUCUGGUAGCAGACGUCUUGAGGGUGUUCCACAGGUUUUAAUUCUGCUGACUGGUGGAAGGUCCAGAGAUGAUGUUGGGCCUUCAGCAACUGCCCUAAAAGGGCUUGGGGUUGUGCCGUUUGGUAUCGGAACAAGGACUGCAGAUAUUAGGGAGUUGCAAACAAUUUCAUACUACCCUACUUUUGCUCUUUCUGUUUCUGACUUCUCUGACCUUCCAAACAUCCAGCAGCAACUUCUAUCCUCCGUGACAAAAAUUUCCAGAGAGAUAACAACAGAGACACCAUCAAUCAUAGUUGACAAAGAAGGUGCCAAAAGGGAUGUUGUGUUUCUACUUGAUGGUUCUGAUGAUACUAGGAAUGGAUUCCCAGCAAUCCGUGAUUUUGUUCGAAGAGUAGUGGAGAAUAUGGAUGUGGAGGAAAAUAAAGAUCGAGUUGCUGUGGUGCAGUACAGUAAUGAUGCAGCUGCAGCUUUCUACCUGAAUACAUAUUCAACCAAGGAAGAUGUCCUUAAUACCAUCAGAGGCCUGACACAUAAAGGUGGAAGACCCCUCAACACUGGAGCAGCUCUCCAGUUUGUUAUGGACAAUGUCUUUACUGCUUCUUCUGGUAGCAGACGUCUUGAGGGUGUUCCACAGGUUUUAAUUCUGCUGACUGGUGGAAGGUCCAGAGAUGAUGUUGGGGCUUCAGCAACUGCUCUAAAAGGUCUUGGGGUUUUGCCUUUUGGUAUCGGAACAAGAAAUGCAGAUACCAGGGAGUUGCAAACAAUUUCGUACUACCCUACUUUUGCUCUUUCGGUUUCUGACUUCUCUGACCUUCCAAACAUCCAGCAGCAACUUCUGUCCUCUAUGAUAAAAAUUGACAGAGGCAGAAUAACAGAGAGACCAACAGUCGUAGUUGAAAGAGAUUCUGCCCAAAGAGAUGUUGUGUUUCUGCUUGAUGGUUCUGAUGACACUAGGAAUGGAUUCCCAGCAAUCCGCGAGUUUGUUCAAAGAGUCGUGGAGAACAUGGAUGUGGAGGAAAAUAAAGAUCGAGUUGCUGUGGUGCAGUACAGUAAUGAUGCAGCUGCAGCUUUCUACCUGAAUACAUAUUCAACCAAGGAAGAUGUCCUUAAUACCAUCAGAGGCCUGAGACAUAAAGGUGGAAGACCCCUCAACACUGGAGCAGCUCUCCAGUUUGUUAUGGACAAUGUCUUUACAGCUUCCUCUGGUAGCAGGCGUCUUGAGGGUGUUCCACAGGUUUUAAUUCUGCUGAGUGGUGGAAGGUCCAGAGAUGAUGUUGGGCCUUCAGCAACUGCCCUAAAAGGGCUUGGGGUUGUGCCGUUUGGUAUCGGAACAAGGACUGCAGAUACCAGGGAGUUGCAAACAAUUUCAUACUACCCUACUUUUGCUCUUUCUGUUUCUGACUUCUCUGACCUUCCAAACAUCCAGCAGCAACUUCUAUCCUCUAUGACAAAAAUUUCCAGAGAGAUAACAACAGAGACACCAUCAGUCAUAGUUGACAAAGAAGGUGCCAAAAGGGAUGUUGUGUUUCUACUUGAUGGUUCUGAUGAUACUAGGAAUGGAUUCCCAGCAAUCCGUGAUUUUGUUCGAAGAGUAGUGGAGAACAUGGAUGUGGAGGAAAAUAAAGAUCGAGUUGCUGUGGUGCAGUACAGUAAUGAUGCAGCUGCAGCUUUCUACCUGAAUACAUAUUCAACCAAGGAAGAUGUCCUUAAUACCAUCAGAGGCCUGAGACAUAAAGGUGGAAGACCCCUCAACACUGGAGCAGCUCUCCAGUUUGUUAUGGACAAUGUCUUUACUGCUUCUUCUGGUAGCAGACGUCUUGAGGGUGUGCCACAGGUUUUAAUUCUGCUGACUGGUGGAAGGUCCAGAGAUGAUGUUGGGGCUUCAGCAACUGCUCUAAAAGGUCUUGGGGUUUUGCCUUUUGGUAUCGGAACAAGAAAUGCAGAUACCAGGGAGUUGCAAACAAUUUCAUACUACCCUACUUUUGCUCUUUCGGUUUCUGACUUCUCUGACCUUCCAAACAUCCAGCAGCAACUUCUGUCCUCUAUGAUAAAAAUUGACAGAGGCAGAAUAACAGAGAGACCAACAGUCGUAGUUGAAAGAGAUUCUGCCCAAAGAGAUGUUGUGUUUCUGCUUGAUGGUUCUGAUGACACUAGGAAUGGAUUCCCAGCAAUCCGCGAGUUUGUUCAAAGUGUAGUGGAGAAUAUGGAUGUGGAGGAAAAUAAAGAUCGAGUUGCUGUGGUGCAGUACAGUAAUGAUGCAGCUGCAGCUUUCUACCUGAAUACAUAUUCAACCAAGGAAGAUGUCCUUAAUACCAUCAAAGGCCUGAGACAUAAAGGUGGAAGACCCCUCAACACUGGAGCAGCUCUCCAGUUUGUUAUGGACAAUGUCUUUACUGCUUCUUCUGGUAGCAGACGUCUUGAGGGUGUUCCACAGGUUUUAAUUCUGCUGACUUUUGGAAGGUCCAGAGAUGAUGUUGGGCCUUCAGCAACUGCCCUAAAAGGGCUUGGGGUUGUGCCGUUUGGUAUCGGAACAAGGACUGCAGAUACCAGGGAGUUGCAAACAAUUUCAUACUACCCUACUUUUGCUCUUUCUGUUUCUGACUUCUCUGACCUUCCAAACAUCCAGCAGCAACUUCUAUCCUCCGUGACAAAAAUUUCCAGAGAGAUAACAACAGAGACACCAUCAGUCAUAGUUGACAAAGAAGGUGCCAAAAGGGAUGUUGUGUUUCUACUUGAUGGUUCUGAUGAUACUAGGAAUGGAUUCCCAGCAAUCCGUGAUUUUGUUCGAAAUGUUAUUUAUAGUCGAAAGGGAUUUGGAGAACUAUGGAUGUGGAGGAAAAUAAAGAUCGAGUUGCUGUGGUGCAUUGAAAUGGAAGGUGCAAAAAAGGAUGUAAUCUUCCUGAUCGAUGGGUCUGAUGAUGUUGGAC